ACUCUCUGUCUCUCUCUCUCUCUCUCUCUCUUACACACACACACUUCUCGACUUCUCGCGCUCUCCCUCACACACUGACUGAAUUGCACUGCCUCCUCCUCGUUAGCUGUGUGUGUUACACUCCUGACAGGAUUGCAUGAGACAGGCACGUCCAAGGCUGGCUGUCCUGAGUGUGUGUAUGUAUGUAUGUAUGUGUGUGUGUGGGUGUGGGUGACGUGUCUCCUCCUGUCUCCCUGCCAACUGCGGACUUUUGACUUUCCUUUUUCCAGCAUUUGGACUAUUAGGUGAGACUUAUGAAUCACAAGGAGUGACACUAUGGACUUCAGUCUGGUGCUCAGACACUACAAACCCAAAAAUUUCCCUUCAGCUGGGUGACACCUCUUCUCGAGCCUUCCUGUUGGCCCCAAGUGAAUCAUAUAGUGACCAGUUGAAGCUAUGGGCCAUGUGGCAGAGCUGAUUGGCUAAAUUCUGUCUGGAUUUACUGGUUUGUGAUUGGAGAUAUGAGUGAAAUUCAGCCAUCUGCGGAUUCCAUGAAACCCCCAGAUGGGGUUCACCAUACCAUGCGACUGCCAUUACACAGUGGGGCUACAGAGGGCAGUGCUUAUGCCGAAUCUUCGUCAUCAUCCUCAGCGUCACCAGACUCCAUGCGCAGCCUUAGUAGCCUUAGUGGAGGACGAACGGACAGCCCACUGGACCUGGACAUGCCUGAUGGGAUUAUGGGAAGGAAGGUCACCACAGGUGAGGACGACUCUGGGAUUCAAAGCCCAGACUGUAGACCCGAAAACGAUAAUGACAACUCAACGUCCAUCUACUUAGAUGCGGAUGAGCAAGGGUGGUGUGAAAUUCAUGAUGACCAGGAUAACGUCACUCUGGUUCUGACCCACAAACAAGGACUGAACAAUGGCUGCAGUGAUGUCAAUAGCAAUGGUAACCACGGAAGGCGGAGUUCAGAUGACUCUUCUGCAACAGAAGCAUUGCUGUGCUGUUCUGGGAAUGAGGAGGAGGAUGAUGAAGACGAAGAGGAAGACUCUUUCCUGUCUCUAACUUCCGUUGAUGUGGUGAUGAAGUGCCAGAAUGAACCUGAGGAGGAUGAGAUUCAGAGCUCAACACGAAAGCUCAAUGUGAACUCUGUCUACAAGCUUCAAAAUGAAUCUCUUCAGGAUGAAGAUAAGUGGGGCCAGAUGGAGAGCUCCUGGAGGCCUGACCUAGACAAUAUGAAUUGGCUCCAUCAGAAACCUCUUCAGGAGUCAAUAGUGAGUCGCACUGAGAAGAGCCAGUUGCAGAGCUCAACCAGAAGGUUCAGUGUGGGUCAUGUGAGUGAGCUCUAUAAGGAAGCUCCUCGGGACUCAGUAAAACUUCAUACUGAAGAUAGGCAAUUGCAAAGCUCAACCAAAUGGUUCAGUGUGGAUCAUAUUAGCAAGCUCCAUCAGGUAGCUCUUGAAGACGCAAUGAAGCUUCACACUGAAAAUAGGCAAUUGCAGAGUUCAACCAAAAUUCCUAGUGUGGUCCAAGUGAGAACAAUCCAACAGGAGGCUCCUCUGGAGUUUCCUAGUAGGUCUGACAUAACCUCUGUGACUGAACUUAAUCAGGAGGCUCUUCCGGAAUCAGUUGAGCUUCACCCAGACCUGGGACAGAUGCAGAGCUCAAUCAGGGGGUCUACUGUGAAUGCUGUGGAUGAUCCUCAGGAAUCAGUAGAACCGCAGCCUGAGGACGAUGAGAUACCGAACUUAGCCAGGGCAAUUAAUAUGGACUCUGUAAAGGAGCUUCAGGAAUCAGUGGAACUUUACAACGAAGAGGACCAGAUCCAAAACUCAUCCAGGACCACCAAUAUGGACACUGCAAAUAAGCUUCAAGAAUUGGUGGAACUACACACUGAGGAGGACCAGCUGCAGAGCUCAUCCAAGAGGCUGGAUGUAGGUCCUGUAAGUGAGCUUAUGGUCUUUGAAGAGCCUCAAGUUGAGACAAGUUUAUCUCAACCACUUUCAGAAGGGGUAACUUCCAUACCCCUCCAGGAAGCACAAAACACACAUGUCUCUUCUGCCACCAUCACAGAUACCACAUGCUGUGUCCAAGUAACACCUGCCUUGCAGAACACCAAAGAUUGCACAGGUCAAAGUCUUACUAGACCUGCCACGAAACCACUAACGUCCAAAUCCACCAAACCAGAACUGAAACGCUUUCCUAGACCUGACCUGAAGAAUGUCAAAGCCAAGAUCAUUUCGAGAACUUCCUCUGUCCCAAGACCAGCUAGUUCCAGUCAAUCAGGUGCAGGCACUGAGAAGAAGCCUUUGCCUACUAGAGGCAGAGUGGCCAACAAGAAAGAGCAAGACAAAGAGGAGGAAACAAGAGUCACCAAGAAGAGCAGGUCAUCCUCAAGACAGGCAAGAGCGGCGAUACCUGCAACUGUUUCAGACCCCAACCCUAGAGCCAUACCCCCUCAGACAGAGAAAAGACCACCCCCAAAUACCACCCCAGAGGUGGUUGUCAACCGAGACCAGGAGGAGAGCAGCAGUGCAGAGGUCAUGGAGGUAGUGAAGGAAGAGGCAGAGUAUCCCAAAGAGGAGGUCACUCUAGUGGAACAGUCUGGAGAGAUUCCUGAUGACUCAGACCAGAAGGGGUCCAGAGUGAAGCCCCCCAAAUCUACGGGAGGGAAUGUGUGUGUGCCCGCAGGGGUACGAGCUGCUGCGCCGGCCGGUGCUCCCAAGACAUGUAGCCCUGUCUCCUCCAGCGGUCGAGGUCCUCAAAAGCUCACCUCCUCCAAACUGCCAGUCAAGGGAGGCGGCCUACCCACAACCCCCAGCUCCUCGUCACUGGGGAGUGCAGCCAGUGAGAACAACACUGCAAUCAACAACAGAGGUGUCGCUCAGGUGAUGAAGAAUGAAGAGAAAGCUGUAAGACUCCCAUCAUCCUCACAGGGAAAGCCUGCUAUCGGUAAAGCAACAGUGGGAAUCCGUAACAGAGCAAACUCUACACCUGUGAAGCCCACCUCCGCAGGCCAGAAGGCCCUAACACAGACCAGUACCACUGCAGCCAAGUCUACCCACAAUGCCCUGCAGCGCAGCGCUUCUGCAAGACCCAACCGGCCCUCUGGAUCUGCAGUGGAGAAAGGGUCCAGAGGGGUGCGGAGCGUCCCGGGACGGCCGCAUGGCGGGGGCGGUGGGGGGGUCGCUCACACUGAGGAAGAGGAGGAGAAGAACCUUCGCCUCCAGAAUGAGAGGAAGAACCAGUGCAUCGCCCAGCUUCGCAAACUCGUCGCCCACGGCAACCGGAGGCUGGAGGCCCUCGCCCUGGUUAUACAGCACAUCUUCACUGAGAGAGAAGAAGCUCUAAAACAGAAGAAAGAAGUUUCUUUCCAGCUCAAGAACCUCAAGGAAGAACUAACUCACUCGGUGUCGUGCUGCGAGCGGCUGCAGAAGGAGAAGGAGGAGGUGUGUGUGGCGUUGGAGGCGGCGGUUCUGAAGCUCCAGCAGCAGCACCAGGAGGAGCUCAGUCAGCUGGAGGAGACCCUCCGAGACUUCUACUCAGCAGAAUGGGACAAGACCCACCAGGCCUACCAGGAGGAGGCCGACAAGUACAGGGCGCUCAUGCAGCAACAGGUGGAGGAGCUGAAGAACAAACAGGAAGUGUUUAGGAAAGAACAGCAAGAGGCACACGCUAAGGAGAUGAAGACACUGAAGCGGGAAUAUGAGACUACGCUAACAGAACUCAGGAACUCCCACAAGAAGGACAUGCAGGAUCUGGACAAUACGCUAAAACAAUCAGAGACUACAAUGAAUGAGAAGCUUGAAAACCUGAUGGCAGAGAAUGAAGCUAUGAAAGCCAAACUGAGAGAGGAAGAGGAGAGGAGGAAGGCUAUCAUGGAAAAGGGCCAAGAUCCUCACCUGCUGUAUCUGGAGCAGGAGCUGGAGAGUCUGAAAGUUGUGCUGGACAUUAAAACCAGUAAGCUGCACGAACAGGACAAGAAAAUCAUGCAGAUGGACAAACUGAUGGAGGGUAACAUGAAGCUGGAGGAGUGUAUGAAGAAGCUCCAGCAGGAGAACGAGGACUACAGGGCCCGCAUGGACAAACACGCCGCUCUGUCUAGGCAGUUAUCCACAGAGCAGGCCAUGCUCCAGCAGACCCUCCAGCUGGAAUCGAAGGUCAACAAGCGGCUCUCAAUGGAGAACGAGGAGCUGCUAUGGAAACUUCACAACGGUGACCUCAGCAGCCCGCGGCGACUUUCACCAUCCUCACCUUUUCACUCGCCCCGAAACUCCGCCUCCUUCCCCAGCGCCCCUGUAUCGCCCAGAUAACCCCAUCUCCAUCACAGACUUUACCCCAGAACUGCUCACUUCAUGGGAUUGUCCCCUUUCUAAUGGGAAGAGUGACUUUGUACAGUUUAUACACGACCUGAACACCUCUCCAAAAAAGACAAUGUUGCACAGAUGCACUUCCAGAGGGAGGAGUCUACCUGCCCUUCUCUGCCAUUCGUUUUUUAAUUUUGUCUCUUUCGUUACCUACACCUUUUUCUCUUCUCCCAAUGGAAGAAAAACACCUCAGGGUUUGUACAUAUAUAAUCUAUAAUCUCUAUAUAUAGAGAUUAUAGACUCUUCUUCUCGUCCAAUCACCAUCACGUUUGUUUCCUGUGACGUUUUGAUGUUACGUUUAAAGGGUUUGCUCAUCGCAUCCAUAAAUCUAAAGGAUCGAGCUUUGAUGGAGCUUUGACAGAGCCUCUCCUUGGCUUACCUGCUUGAAACAUGUCUCGUGGUGACGAGUGAAGAUGAUCUCAGUAUGCUUUGUUUGAGAAUGAGUCUAAAAAUAAAAAGACUAGAAACCUAAACCUGGUAAAUAUACUGUAGUAACUGUACAGAAAGGCUUCUUGUAGAGAUCCUGCUGCUCAAAACCCCAAAUAUAGGUCCGUCUACCGCCUAGUACAGCAUGUAAAGCUUGACCCAAGUGCACAGAACCUUUAAUACCGUUUUCCUGAAGCUCUAGAAUGUACUCUGCCAUCCCUAAGGCCUGUCUGUGAACUGGAACUCCUUAUGAGCGAAUGUCUCCUUCAUCUCAAACACUAUUUUUUAUGUUGUUGUUUUGUUUUAUUUUUAUUAAUAAAUGUAGAAAAAAAAUGUACAA